CCUUUCCAAAGUGGCGGUUUACCGGAGGCGGUUCCCUUAGUGAGUCAUAGACGCCGGGAAGUAUGGUCCCCAUCAAGAAGCUUCCAAAUACCACAAAGUUGCCUCUGGCUUUAAACCCCCUGAAGAGCAAGGACAUGUUGGCAGUGCUGGCUGAGAGGAACCAGGCUAUAGUACCCGUUGGGGCAUGGGUGGAGCCUGCCCCGCCAGAUAGUUCAGCAGUCUCGGCAUCUACUUCAGCAUAUAUGAUUGAAGAAGAGCUAAGGGAACAGCUAAGAAAGAAACAAGAAGCUCUGAAGCGUUUUCAGAGACAAGUCAAAUGCCGAGUAAAUCAGCAAAUUAGGCUGAGAAAAAAGCAACAACUUCAGAGGUCUUAUGAAGCUGCAGAAAAAGAAGGCUCUAUAGCCAUGCAUUCUUCAGAUCCAGCAUACUUAACUCUUAAAAGAACGAAUGUUUUUCCAAACCAUUUGAAUGCUGCUAUUGGAAGUGCUAGGUUACCUCCUUCCCAGAAGCUUGAGGAUGGAAUAGAAGAUAGAGAGAAUCAGAAUGAACUAUUCCAACAACAAGCCCAGGCUCUUAGUCAAACCAUGAAAGAAGCACGUCACCGGCUGGCAUCAUUUAAAACUGUGAAUAAAAAAAAUGCAUCGGUGUUUCCAGAUGAUCAAAAGAAAAACUUUCCCACCAAAGAGGAAACUGACACUGAGGAAUCUUCAUCUAUUAUGAUAGAUAAGAAAGGGAAAAAGAAUUUGUCUUGGGGGGACCAGCAGGAUCUCCUUUUUGAAGACAAGGAUAUACCUUUCAGCACAGUUCAGAAAGUACAAUUCAAAAAUCCAUUAUUUUCUGUGAUGGAAGAGGAAGAGAUAAAGCAGUUACAUCAGGAUGUUCUGCCAGAAGCCCAGGAUUAUCUUCCAGAAGCCCAAGGUGACCUGCUGCAAACCCACCUUGAUUUGACAGGCAUCUGCGGUGUUGAGCUGGAAGCCCAGAGUGUUGAGCUGAGGCUCAGUACCCAGGAUAUUGAGCUGGAAGGCCAAGCUGUUGAGCCCAAAGCCCAGGCUGUUAAGACCAAAACUCAGAGUGUUAUGCUGAAAGAUCAGAGUGUUGAACUAGAAGAUGGGAAUAUUGUUUUGGAAGUCCAAGAUUUUCUACUCCAAAACCAGGCUUUUCUACCCACAGACCAGCAUAUUCUUCCCAAAGACCAGAAUGUUCUACCCAAACGCCAGGACCAGGAUUUUCUACCCACAGACCGGCAUGUUCUUCUCAAAGACCAGAAUGUUCAACCCAAAUACCAGGACCAGGAUUUUCUACCCAGAGAUCAGAAAGCAAAUUUGAAGCCGCCAGCAUCAAUUUUGAUAGGUAAGAGUGGGGGAGAAGUGUUUCCUCUGGAUGUGCAUCAGGAUCUUCUACACAGGCAUCAAGAUCAGGCCUUCAUCAACGGCAAGAAGGUACGCUUCAAGGAGUCAUAUUGUGAUAUGACAAACGAGAAAGGGAGAGAAGACUUUUCUCUGGCAGGUUAUCAGUAUCUGCCUCCUAAACUUCAGGACCAGGCCUUCAUCAGAGAUCAGAACAAGUGUAUCAAGCAGCCCUCAUCUUUUGAGAAAUGGGGGAUUGAAAGAGGAGUUGCUUCUGGAGUGCCAUCGCACAGGAACCAUGGGCAGGCCUCACAUAAUAUGACAGAUGAGAGAUGGAGAAAGGAGUUAUUUCUGGAGCACCAUGAAUAUGUUUUACAUGAAAUCCAGGCUCCAGGCUCCACCAGAGAGCAGAGCUUACGCUCCAUACAGCAGCCAUCUGCUGGAACAGCUGAAAGAUGGCAAGCAGGUUUGCUUCCGGCUGGCCAUCAGCAUCUUCCACCCAAGCGCCAGAGAGAGGCUCCCAGCAGCAGACAGGUUGGUGGUGAAUAUCAAUCAGGAUUGAGCACUGAAUUCCAAACUCCACUGGCACUUCAGUCAGGAGUAAGUCAAGAGGAAGACAAGAAAGAGCGUCAAAAGCAGUACCUGAGAUAUAGACGACUUUUCAUGGAUAUUGAAAGAGAACAAGUGAAAGAACAACAAAGGCAAAAAGAACAAAGGAAGAAAAUUGAAAAAAUUAGGAAAAAGAAAGAGCAGCAACGCUAUGCUGAAGAGCAGAGGAUAUUAAGAAUGAACUUUCAUGAAGAGCCACAUUCAGGGGAGAAGAUGAGUGAGACACUAGCCCAGCUACAACUUGAGGAAGUAAAAGGAGCCAGAGAAAAACAACAGAAAGAAAAGGAAUACCAAAGAUAUGUAGAAGCUUUAAGAGCCCAGAUCCAGGAGAAAAUGCAGCUGUAUAAUAUUACUUUACCUCCACUAUGCUGCUGUGGUCCUGAUUUUUGGGAUGCUCAUCCUGAUACCUGUGCCAACAAUUGUAUUUUCUAUAAAAACCACAAAGCAUACACCCGGGCACUACAUUCAGUCAUCAAUUCCUGUGAUAUCCCUAAAGGGAACUCAACUCUUCGAGUCGCCAUUCAUAAUUUUGCUUCUGCACACAGACGGACUUUGAAGAAUCUGAAAUCAACUGUUAGUAUUUCAACCUUCACUUAA